UUGCCUGUGGCAGUUCAUAAGUGCUGUGUUGUUAUAAGAUCGUUAUAAGAUUUUUUAAACGCCUAAUUUUUGCUCGUAUAGCGAAUAAAUUUUAACUCGUUUUUGUUAUUGUUUUGGAUCGAGAUCGAUUAAUCGAUAAUCUUAUCAAAAAUUGUUACAUGAAACUAUUUUGAUCGGCUUUGGUUCAAGUAAAUAUUAAAAACAUAUUUCAAAAUGUACCUGCCAAAAGCUCCCAAGAACUUUCGUUCCUUAUUAACAGCUAUGUGUGCUGAUAUGUCAAAUUUCGCUCUUGGAACUUGUAUAGGAUGGUCAUCUCCCAUUAUACCAAAACUUCGAAAUCAAACAUAUGACAGUCCACUUUCACAGCCAGUAACAACAACAGAGGAAGGAUGGAUAAGUUCAAUGGUCACAAUUGGAGCUGUAGUUACUUCUCUCUUGGCUGGACCGAUGGGAGCUAAAAUAGGAAAAAAGUGGGUUCUUCUCUUGGGCGCAACACUAAUCGAACUUUCAUACGUCUUUCUUUUACUUGCAAGUGAAGUUUGGAUGUUUUAUGCCGCUCGUUUACUUCAGGGUGUUGCUGGAGGGCUAUUGAUUGCGACAUUGCCAAUGUAUGUUGGCGAAAUUGCAACAAACGACAAUCGAGGAUCACUUGGUUCCCUGAUGACCCUAUUCAUGGUUGGUGGUAUUCUCUACGCCUACUGUAUAGGACCUUUUGUAAGCUACAUGGCCUUUCAUUGGUGCUGUCUGGCUGUUCCAUUGAUAUUUAUUGUAUCUUUUCCUUUCAUGCCAGAAACACCCUAUUAUUUGGCAAAAACUGGCCGGAAAGUGGAAUUAUUGAAAUCCUUGAAUUUCCUUCGAGGCAACACUGACGAAAAAGCUGUAGAGGAUGAAAUGAAUCAAAUACAGAGCUCAGUCGACGAGGACGCAUCUCGAAAAGCAUCGAUCUUUGACAUUUUUCACGAUCGCGGUAAUGUCAAAGGUCUCGUCAUCUGCUGUGGCCUUUUGAUGUUUCAACAAUUCAGUGGCACGACAGCUGUCACCUUCAAUAGCCAAACGAUAUUCGAGAGUGCCAAGUCAACUCUAGACCCUGCUGUGGCUACAAUAAUUCUGGCUCUUACCCAAUUGGUAUCGAAUUUCCUGACACCGUUUGUUAUAGAACGGACAGGUCGUAAACUAAUCCUUCUAGCGUCGGCACUCGGGAUGAGUUUAUCCCUGUUUGCACUGGGAGCAUUCUUUUAUGUUCAGGCCUUCGGUGAUGUCACACCCUUGAUGUGGAUUCCAGUGCCUGCUCUCAUUUGUUUCAAUAUCUCAUAUGCAUUUGGGUUUGGCCCAGUUCCAUGGGCGAUACUUGGUGAAGUUUUUCCCUCGAACGUCAAACCAAUGGCUGCGUCAAUAGCAUCGACCUUUUCUUGGACAAGUAGUUUUCUGUCGACACGUUGGUUCCCUGACUUGAAUGCUUUGGGUCCAUAUUAUGCGUUCUUUUUAUUUGGCAUCAUGAUGGCUAUCGCGAUAUUCUUUAUUUUGUUUUAUGUCAUAGAAACUAGAGGAUUAAGUUUGCAAAAGAUCCAGGAAAAAUUACAUUCUUAAAAAUGUAGACGAAUUAAAGUGACAAUUGCAUCCAAAAAGUAUUUAUUUAAGUUAUUAUUAAGUCUAAUGUGUUAUUUGUUAUUUAAAUAUAAAUAAAUUAUAAAGAAAUGGAAA